AAAUAGAGAGAGAUAGUGAGAUGGCUCAACUGGGGAGACUGCUGGUAAGGCAAUGCCCGGCGCUGCAGCACCUGUGCUGCUCCUGCGUCGCACUGAAUCAUCUCUUCUUCUCAACCUCGCUUCCACUGAGCACAAACCCUAAUCCCCGCCGCGGUUCUUCUCCGGUAAUCAACUUAGCUACUCGCGGCGUCCAUAAACUAGUCCGCGGACUCCGACCGCGCGACGCUCCUCCGGCGCCGUCCGAUCUCGACGGUAACAGCAGCGGCUCCGAUUCGGAGUCGAUUACGUAUAAGAGCCGAAACGCGUUGAAGCGCGACGCUCGGCGCGCCGUGCGUUGGGCUAUGGACCUCGCUUCGUUCUCUACGCCUCAGCUCAAAUUGAUUAUCAGAGUGGCGUCUUUGGACGAAGAUGUAUUGGAUGCUGUUAUGUUAGUGAAGAGAUUUGGGAAUGAUGUGCGAGAAGGAAAGCGAAGGCAGUACAAUUAUAUUGCAAAACUGUUACGGGAUGCGGACACCGAGCUGAUGGAUGCUUUGAUUCGGGCUACAAAAGACAGUGAUCAAAAGAAGCUGCAAGACUUAUGUGGUUCGGAGGCGUUGAGCAUUGAUGAUGAGGAAGAAGAAGAAGCUGAAGAAUCUGAUAACGAGGAAGAAGAGGGUUCUCACAUUGAGGUAGCAUCCAGAUGGGUUGAGGGUAUGAUCAAUAAGGAUGUUGAUAUCACCAAUGAAGUUUAUUCAAUUUCUGAUGUUGAGUUUGAUCGUCAGGAAUUGCGUAAACUUGUCCGGAAAGUACAUUUGGCUUUGGAACGCUCAAGCAUUUCUGAGGAAAACAAGGAAAAGAUUGAUGAAGCGGUAGUGGGUGCCAAAAAAUCACUCACCAGGUUCCUUCGUGCCCUUGCUAAAAGCAGCCUAAUGAUCAAUCUAUAAUACUUAAUUUGUAUCGUUAUUUUCUAGUCAAUACAGUAUCAUCUUUAAUAAUUUUGAAGCAUGCCCUUGUUUUUCCUUAGUUCAUGGUUUUGAGUCUCAAUAAUUCAAGUAGCUCUUAUCCGUCAUGUAAACCUAGUAACUAGUUGGUCACCUCGGGCAAAGGAGUUGAAGUUCAUUUAUUGUCAGGUUGAUGCCAACAUUUUUGUUCAUUGCCUGCACCUAAAAAUUUCUCAAAACUAUGUGUGCAUUGUAUCUCAUAGACUACUUUUGAUUGAUACUUUUUCCUAGUGUCCAUUAUAUUAA